CCAAAAGCACAAUAAAACAAUGUGUACUUGGAAACAUGGACGACAAACCAAAAUAUGUCAUACUCUCCCUCUCGCGAUAAUUGCAUCGAUUCGUCGCGUCUUUUCUCACUUAUGAGCGUUGAUCGCCGGUUACCGGCGGUUUUUUCAGGGGAUAAUAACGGUAAAACGGUUACAACUUCCAUAACUGUCUUUUAUCUAAACCUAUUUAAAUCCUGCGUUGUUUUUUGGAUCCGUCAGGUUGAUCAGAGUGAAAAUUACUCUUUUCCUUUGUUCUUAUUGAUCAUGGCGGACAAGAUCCGGCGACAAAUGCAAGAAAUUGCCCUAGGAAUCGAAGAUGAUGCGAUCACCCUCCUUGUUGAUUUGUGUGAAGAAGCGAUCCAAGAGACUCGCUUCAGUCUGAUUGUGAAGCCAGUCAACCUUCGCAAGCAAAAUCUCCGUGCAAUGCUGAGCACAUUACCACGGCUGUGGGGCGUCCCUGAUGAAGUUUCAGGACGGAUAAUGGAAAACAAGAAAAUUCAAUUCUUGUUUCACUCGGAGGAAUCCAUGGCUGAAGUUCUCCGACGAGGCCCUUGGUCGUUUAACGAUUGGAUGUGUGUGACCCAAAGAUGGAACCCAGCGAUUGCGGAGGAUGGGAUUCAUUCAAUCCCGUUCUAGAUCCAGAUUAGAGGAAUUCCUACU